AUAUGGCCUUUGAUAUUAGUGCCAUUACAACUAUUCCGGAGUUUGAUGAUCCAGCUGAUAGCUAUGCACCAUCAACAUCUAAUAUUUCUGAAGGAGUUUGCCCUCCACCUUCCUCAAACAAAAGGAAGGCAACUAAUUUAAGUGGUCCUAUGGGAAGAUUUCUUACUCCUAUAAGAGAGGACGGAGAUAUAGGAAUGAUUGUUCAUGGUGUGGAUGAUGUACAUGCAGAUGUUGAUGCUGAUGAUGAAAGGCCUAGACCUAGUGACGAAGUGAAUGAGGAUGACGAUGACGACGAUGAUCUAUUAGGUGUAGAUGACCUUUAGACACUAGAGUCUAGAGACUAUUAAUUGAGAAUUUGAGAUAUUGAUUUCUGAGGAAUGUGACAUUUGUAUUGUACUUGAUGCUCUUAAUUGUGGGAUUUUUAUUUUGAAGAA